AUGCGCGAUGGCAGCCGCCCGUCUUCCCCGGUGGAGCAGCAUAAGCGACCAGCAAAGACAGGCCGUACCUCAGUAUCGUCUCGAGGUGAACCUGGCCACACCUCGGUGGCUGAUAGUAUCCGCGCGCCAAUCAAGAAUCAGUCAAGGACCUCUUUUCCUGACAUCCCGCGCAUCACUCCUGGCAGCCUGCAAGCUCGCCCAUCGCGCGAUGCGUCGGCCUUGGGCUUGGACGCCGAACCCAUCAUCACAGAAGAACAGCCAUCCUGCUACACGCCACCUCAGCGCCCUCCGCGGACCCCUAGCGCCGACCUAGGUCUCAACCCCGGCAAUGGCUUCCGCCACAUCUGGCCAAAGGCGUCUUCAACACCGUGGUCGUUCCGAGACUUACCAAAUCCUCGCCACUCGCAUACAGUUGACGCUAGCACUAUCCGGUACCGCUUCAACGGCAGGUCUCUCUCUGAAAGCCAGGAGAAAGAAGCCAAGGCUGCCAUCCGCGCGCAGCUACACGCUGCUGGCGUUGAGGUGUCGACCUACGAGCCCGUCUUCCGGUUUCUGCUAGGCCCAAACCGCGGCACAUUCCUGGACCUCAGAUUCCGCACCGAGGCGAUGUACUACAAGACCUGGCCAGUACGUCUGACCUGGCAGGACCGCCACCUUGAAUUGCACUCGGCUGGCGUUCCUCUCCGCGAGAACGUGUUCUUUGUGAUCGUUGGAAGCCUUCGGACCAAUGCCAACCUCCCAAAGUUUCGCAAGGCCUUCCGCGAACGCUUCACAUUCGACCUUACGGUUACCGACAUGUUUGCAGACUUCACCGUUGGCCAAGACAAGACUCGCAGCUUCAAUGGCUCGGUCGCCUUCUUGGCAACGUACCAAAGUGCGGCCAACGGCAACGCAUACAUUCCUGGAUGGAUGAACUUUGAAGACAUGGAAUUGCCCCUGUACUUCCGCGGCCGAGGCAAGGCUUGCAGGUUCUGCCGAACGAAGAGCCACCCGCGUCAUGAACCUAAGGACUGCACCUUUCGGCCAUGUCGCCGAUGCAACAAGACCGGCCACCCGCUGCGCCUUUGCCCCAUGCGUCCCGUGGCUCGCGAGGGUGCUCAGCAAGCGAGCAGUGCAAGACCACAUGUGUUCUACACGCCAGCCAUAGAAUAG